GGAAUAGUCUGGUGACGUUUCCACUUUUUCAUGCUACUCUGGCUCAUAGAAAGCGUGACACGACCGCACCGAUGUAGAAAACUUUGCGGAGCUGAUUGCAACCCGAAGAAGUCCAAAACACCGAGGCAAAUAUGUUUCAAAUACCUUUACGAUUGCUCAGGAAGAGUGUGGCAUGUCAAGUGAGGGCGCUACACAGAGCAACACCAGUGGCUGGGGGUCAUGGCCUAGUUGUUCAUCGAGACUCAACAGAGAACAACCCAGACACUCCGUUUGAAUUCACCCAAGAGAACCUCAAGAGAGUGGAUGACAUUGUAGCCAACUACCCCAAGGGGCACACAGCAGCGGCAGUCAUCCCAGUACUUGAUCUAGCCCAGCGACAGCAUGGAUGGGUACCCCUAUCAGCCAUGAAUAAAGUAGCCGACAUCUUAGGCAUGCCUCGUAUGAGGGUGUAUGAAGUAGCCACAUUCUACACAAUGUUUAACAGGAAUCCUGUUGGCAAAUACCACAUCCAGAUUUGCACCACUACCCCAUGUAUGCUCAGGGAUUCUGACUCCAUCCUCAAUGCAAUCACAGCCAAAUUAGGUAUCAAAGUUGGCGAGACCACACCAGACAAGCUGUUCACACUGAAUGAGGUGGAGUGCCUGGGUGCCUGCGUCAAUGCCCCCAUGGUGCAGAUCAAUGAUCAUUACUAUGAAGACUUAGAAGUCAAAGAUAUCAACGAGAUCCUCGAUGACCUGAAGGCAGGGAGGUCACCCAAACCAGGACCCAGGAGUGGUCGGCAGACAUGUGAGCCAUUCACCGGGCUGACGAGCCUGACCGAGCCCCCUACGGGCCCGGGCUUUGGAGUUCGUGACGACCUAUAACUGCCAAAAUCAACACUAGGUUUGCCAUCCAGUGGUUGCCAAGGUUACCUGUAUCAUAUCCCAACCCCUAACCUCCCGCCGGUGUUUUGGCUCUGCGGUGAAGUGUAAGAUGCCCUGAUGCUGUCAACAACUUCUCAUUGGAGUCUAGGGCUGCAUCAGUUGCUUCUAAGAUGCUGAGUGCUUUUACAGGAUGUCUGUCGAGAGACCAAAACUGCAGCUUUAAAGGGUCACUGGGUCCUGAAAUCCCUGAAAAUUUCAAGUUUUGGAUUGUUUACUUAGCCUAUUUCAAACAUCUGGUUGAAAGGAAACCAACCUAAUGUCUUACCGUUUCCGAGA